CAACCAUUCAAGCAAUCUGAAGUCCGCUCAAACCACCUUCAACCAACCCCCCCCUCAAGCUAUCUAGGGCACCAAGCUACCCUUCUGACUCCCCCUCAGACCCAGAGUUCAACCUUUCUCGUCCGUGAACGUCCUUACAACAACCCAGGCGCUCAUCUCCCUAUCCAAACGAGUCCAACGCUCACGUCACCUCCUGUGGAUCACCUACUCCAUCCAAGUCAACUUUCGACAUCACAAUCAAUCACCAUGUCUGCUGUCGUGGAGAAAAUCACUGACGCUGCUGCCGCCGCCGUCAACGACGUUACCAACGCUCUGGCCAACACCUCUCUGACUGGCAACAAGUCCGCUGACGAGAAGCCCGCCGCCAACGAUGCUGUCCUUGCCAGCGCUGCCGAAGGUCGCCGCCUCUACAUCGGCAAUCUUGCCUAUGCGACAACGGAGGGGGAGUUGAAAGAAUUCUUCAAGGGCUACCUUGUUGAGUCUGUUUCCAUUCCCAAGAACCCUCGCACCGACCGCCCCGUCGGCUACGCCUUCGUCGACCUCUCUACCCCUAGCGAGGCUGAGCGUGCCAUCGCUGAGCUCUCCGGCAAGGAGAUCCUCGAGCGCAAGGUCUCCGUCCAGCUCGCUCGCAAGCCCGAGUCUAACGAGAAGGCCGAGGGUGCCAACGGUGAGGGCCAUGAAGGCACUCGCCGCCGCCAGUCCACUCGUGGCCGCGGCCGCGCCGGUCGUGGCCGUGGCGGACGCGCUCGUGGCGAUCGUGGCGAGAAGAAGGAGGAGGGUGCCGAGGGCUCCACUUCCCCUGCUACCGAGGCUCUGAAGGACAUCACCAACGAGACUCACAACAGCGACAACAAGGCCGGCAAGCCCCACAACCGCUCUCCCCGUGAGCGCCGCGAGCGCGGCCCCCCGGCUGACGGUAUUCCUUCCAAGACCAAGGUCAUGGUCGCCAACCUCCCCUACGACCUGACCGAGGAGAAGCUUAAGGAACUUUUCGCUGCCUACCAGCCUUCCUCCGCGAAGAUUGCUCUUCGCCCCAUCCCCCGCUUCAUGAUUAAGAAGCUUCAGGCCCGGGGUGAGCCCCGCAAGGGCCGUGGCUUCGGCUUCGUUACCCUUGCCUCGGAGGAGCUCCAGCAGAAGGCUGUUGCUGAGAUGAACGGCAAGGAGAUUGAGGGCCGCGAGAUCGCUGUCAAGGUCGCCAUCGAUAGCCCCGACAAGACCGACGAGGAUGCCAACGAACCCGAGGGCGAGGCCCAGACCCAGGCCCCCACCAACGGCACUACCGAGCAGGCUGGCGCUGCUGUCACUGCCUCUGCUUAAACACUCCAUUUGAUGACGAGAUGAGUGUGCGCACAAGUUAAUAAAGAUUUCGGUCACAGACACUACUUUAAUCUCGACCGACACAUGUCUUAUGUUUUACUGGGCGCAUGCAUUUUUACCCUCACGAUUUUGGCACGGAACGAAUGAUUUUCUUUUUAUGGCGGGAUCUGCAAGUGGGUAUGAAAGCGGGAAGAUUGGGCGGUGGGAUAAUGUGAUCAUGUCUGGCGUCACGGGUUAUGGGGGUUGCAAAGGCCUCAAAUCGCUGGUAGACUUCAGGCAUCGUUAUCCUGCGGCUCUUUGCAGGCAACAAAAAUCUAAUAUUUUUAUGACUUCUCUUCUUCAUUUGUGUGUUAUGGAUCAUCUUUUAUCUCAGGGUCGCUUACAUUUAUUUAGUGUUUUCAAACGCUCAUGUUUGCAGGAGAUGGUCAGUCAAAUCGGUCUAGGAAUAGGAAAAUCAGCAUGAUUGGGACAAGAAG